CGUAGGCACUCACUCUCUCUCUCUCACACACAUACAGACACACACUCACUCAGCUCUUCGAGCAUGAGUGGAUGAGGCAGGAAAGACUGAUCAGAGAGAGAGAGAGAGAGAGAGAGAGAGCACAAGGGAGUGUGAGUGAGACAAUCCAGGACUCACACUUUGGACUCAAAGCAAGAGAGAACGAGAGACUGACACAGAGAACGAGAGAGGAGGGAAAAGAGACAAACUACAGACCUAUAAAAAGAUCUCUCGACAGCUCGUGAGGAAACUGUUCUCCAACCUUUGCCUCUUUUGCUGUUUUUUUUAUACCUCUCUUCUUCUCUCCAAAGAGCGUGGAAACUCUUCUUAUCUCUGUUGGAAUAUUUCAAGUGAGGCUCUUUUUUUCAGUCCUCUUCCAUUUGUGUAAUUUUUUGCAAACUAGUGUGUGAACCAGAACUCGGACACUGGCUUGACUAAACUCUGACCAAAGACCUGUCACCGCCGCAUGCUGGGGCGCAUUGCACGGGGCAUGACAAGCCCACGGAACCGGACUGGCUAAUCUUCUAGAAGAGCCUGGUCCUGGUUCUGCUUGAGGAAAGUGGUUCCAGGGUGACCCGAGGUGACAGCAGAAAGACUUGCGCUCUUCCUGAUCUGAACAAGCCUGAUCGACCCCCUGACCGACCCUCUCCACUGCAUCCAAACUCACUGUCAGGCUACAUUAUGGAUCUCCCCCCUUUCAGAGGGUUUUCGGAUGUGCCGUAAUUGGCCGAAGCCUCACCCCCUGCCCCUGCCUCUGGUGCCCAUCCUCUCCUCAGGAUGGAUCCAGCUCUGCUCCGAAUGGACGGCACCGAUGACAUCCAACAGGUGUUGUCCAUUGACCAGAUCCGCUGCAUCCGGGCCAACAAUGACUAUGUGGAGCGCCCAGUGGCUCUGGAGCUCGCCUCGCAGUCCGGAAUCUUCUACGCCCACGAUGACCGCCACCACCAACACCUCCACCACCACCGUCAUCACCCCCACCCUGUCCAGCCUCUGUCCUCCUCCGCUCCCCCACCCGCUCAGAUCCCCCGCAGCCAGAGUGGACAGCAGCAGCAGCAGCAGCCGCCGCUGCACCGGGCUCACCUGAGCCGCUCCAGCACGGUCAGCAGCUCCAUGUCGCGGGGCAGCGCCGCGUCCGACACCAGACUCCUGGCGGGCCUCACGCCCUCCCACUCCUCUGGCCUGGCCUCCGUCUCGGGCUCCAUGGCCGUGGUGUCCACCCAGCCCAAGGGCGAUCAGGGCAUCAAGAAGGCGUCAGAGGCACUGGGCAAGGGCGGCGGCCUGUCCGGCGAGGACCACCUGGGCCUGCACCUCUUCAUCUGCGAGCGAUGCGGCCGGUGCAAGUGUGGCGAGUGUGUGGCGCCACGCGUGCUGCCCUCGUGCUGGGCCUGCGGCCAGCGCUGCCUGUGCUCGGCCGAGAGCGCGGUGGAGUACGGCACGUGCCUGUGCUGUGUUAAGGGCCUCUUCUACCACUGCUCGGCCGAGGACGACGAGGACAACUGCGCUGACCGGCCCUGCGCCUGCACGCCGGCGCGUGCCUGUGCCCGCUGGGGCACCAUGGCGCUACUCGUGCCCUUCCUGCCCUGCCUCUGCUGCUACCCGCCCGCCAAGCUGUGCCUUGCCCUGUGCCAGCGCGGCUAUGACCGCGCCACUCGGCCUGGCUGCCGCUGCCGGAACACCAACACCGUCUGUCGCAAGAUCUCGUCAGCCGCGGCCGCCGCCACCAAUCAGCCGCCGUCGUUCCAAAAGUCCCUGGAAAAGCCAGUAUGACGAAGAUGAUCGAAAGGAACAACAUCUCCCUGAGUGCCCCUAUAUGCCGCUACUGAUGUCGUCAUGGUUACCUUGUCCCUUCCAGACUUGGUCGGGGAGGGUGAGCUGACCAAACCUCUCUAGACCUCCUGCCCUGCCCCACUCUCUUGACAGACUGUCACCCUCUUCCAACUCGUGGGCUAUGCCACUACAGUAUGAAGCUGAAGCACCGGAUUGAUGCUACCCUCUUUUUUUAUUGGUUUUCAUUUUGUUCUGUUUUGUUUUGCUGGACUUAAUCUAUUUAUUUCCUAUUAUUUAUUUGAUGCAGUUCUUGAGCAAAAAUGGUUUCGGGUGAGCUGGUUCAUCAGAACAAAGGGCAAAAAUCUGCAGUCUGGGUGGAUGAGUCAGAAUAAACAUUCUGGCCUCGGAAAGAUAUGGUGCUUUGUUGGGACUCAGUUGGAUGGCCACACACACAAAACUCUCCCUGUAAAGCCUACAAAACUACAAACUGUGUGUGCUGGCUGGCAUUAUGCCCCUUAAGGGAUCAUAACUCCAGGGGAAAAUACAAACUCGACAGAGAAAGAUAAAAAAAAAAAAACACUUGACGGGUGAAAGAAAUUUUGAUACCAAAUAAGAGACCACGUAAUGAGGAGUGUUGGAAGUGAAGAUGAGACCCAAUCUGAUGAGCUCAAAAACAUGUUGAGACAGCGGAGUUCACAUGUGCUUCCAUUAGGACCAGUGAAAGACAGAGAGAAAGUGCGAGAAUGAAUGAAAGAGGGUAUAGUAUUGUAUGUACUGUAUGUGUGUGUGUGUAUCUAUGGCUGUAUCUGUCUCUCUGUGUGUGUGCGAGUGUAUGUGUGUGUAAAUGUGUGUGUAUACACACUGCACCGUCUGUCUCAGGCCUGUGUAUGCGUGUUCAUCAACAGAAGCCUCCUCUUGAUCUGCUCUUUUUAUUAUUUCAUUUUCUUUUCUUUUUUGGAGAAGCCUCUGCUUCAGAAGAUAGCAUCCGUUCAGCCCCCCCCCCCCCCCCCCCCACACACACACACACACACCCUCCUCUGAGCACUAUUCUCUUCGCUCAUCCUCCCAUCCCGUCUGGUCCCGUCCAUCCCUCUCUCAUAUGGUCCAGUGUCACAUGACCACCUGUCUGUCCUCUCCUCCUCCAAGACACGGGACCAAACUGUAAGCUAUGCUGCUGCUGCUGUAGCACUAACUAUACAUUCCCAACAUAGGAACUGAGAGAGGACACCACAACAAGAUGGUGUGUUCCUGACGAGUAAGAGGCCCACAGAGUGUGUUUUUUGUGUUUGUGUGUGUGUGUGUGUGUGUGUGUGUGUGUGUGAGAGAGAGAGAGAGAGAGAGAGAGAGAGAGAGAGAGAGAGAGAGAGAGAGAGAGAGAGAGAGAGAGAGAGAGAGAGUGUGUGUGUUUCACUUUUUGUGCAACACAGUACUGCAUAAGCUGUUGUUCUCGUUGAAGGUAGUUCCUGUGCUUUCUGUAAAAGGCAGGAAUAAAGUGACAGUAGCCUGUCAGGGGAUGGACAGUAUUAAUGACAUACACCCCCAGACUCACAUCUUCUCUGAUUGGCUGAAAGUGAGGGCUUGGAGAGGCUGACUGAAGUGUCACCCUGAAGAGGAAGUAGCAUUUGCACUGGAAACAGGGAGCAGAGCAUGUGACCCGAAUUGGAAGCAGCAGGAGAUCAAGGGAACAAGCUAUUGAGGACUCUUCUGUCAUAUGCUCUGGCAUCCCCCCCGCCCCCA